GUUUAGGGCGCAUAAAUUUUUCAUUCUUGUUGGGCCCGCAGUCGCCGUCAGGAUGGCCUGCACCCUGCAUGCGGUUCUGGGCAUUUCUGCAGGGGUGUUCCUCUUCGCACUUUGGGGUGUGGUUCUGGGUGGCAAGCUGCUGGUGGUCCCUCAGGAUGGAAGCCACUGGCUCAGCAUGAAGAACAUAGUGGAGGUGCUCGGUGACAGGGGCCAUGACGUUGUGGUGCUGGUGCCCGAAACCAAUAUGCUCCUGAAGGAGUCCACGCACUACACCAGGAAAACCUUUGCGGUGCCGUUCGAUCAGGAGGAGCUGCAGCAGAAGCUCCUCGCCUUUGGGUACCAGCAGUUUGCUGAGAGGUCGCUCCUGAAUGCCAGCCUGGUGGAGUACAGGAACAUGGAGAUCAUCAGACACAUGAUCUUUGUCGGCUGCCAGAGCCUCUUGAAAGACUCGGCCACCUUGCGUUUCCUCAGGGACAGCAAGUUCGACGCCCUUUUCACAGACCCAGCCAUGCCCUGCGGGGUGAUCCUGGCCGAGUACCUGGGCCUGCCCUCCGUGUACCUGUUCAGGGGCUUCCCGUGUUCCCUGGAGCACACGUUCAGCCGCAGCCCGAACCCCGUGUCCUAUAUUCCCAGGUGCUACACCCAGUUCUCAGACCGGAUGACUUUCUUCCAACGGGUGGCCAACUUCCUCGUUAACUACUUGGAGAGCUUUCUGUUUCACUGUCUGUAUUCAAAGUACGAAGAACUGGCCUCAGAUAUCCUCAAGAGAGAAGUGCACUUGCCUGCCUUGUAUCGGAAGGUUUCUAUUUGGCUGUUAAGAUAUGACUUUGUGUUGGAGUAUCCCAGGCCGGUCCUACCCAACAUGGUCUUCAUUGGGGGAACCAACUGUAAGAAGAAGGGAGUCCUGUCUCAGGUUGGUGGCUUUAUUUCUUUGCAAUGGUGCUGUUUCGCCACCCUCUGCUCACACUCCUUUGGCUCCUCCAGCAGCUGUCAGCCGGGAGGGCUACCUGGAAUGGGGUGCCCAGCUCGGAGUAGGGGGGAGGGAGCCCUGAGGCCGAGCUUUUGAGCUAUGCAGAAGCUUCGAAUGAAGACAGGGCUGCACCUGGCAAGAGCAGGAGAUAGCCUUGGCUAGGUAAUCUGGGGACAUCGGUAGAUGAGCCUGAGAAGUCUCCAGGCCAAACCCUACCCUUACCUGCUGAAGAAGCAGGUGAGGGCUUGCGCAGGAGGAUGCAGAGCUAAGAGAUCAGUCCAGGCCAAAACCAGAUCUCCCAACUCUGUGUC